GAGGACUGUAGUGUGUUCAUAGCAAUCCUAAGGUCGCUGGUUCGAAUCCGGCAGGUCGGAUUAUUAUUUUUUAAAACUCAUCUCUUUCUUCUUCAAUUUUUUUUUUAUCUCUUUCUUCUUCAUUCUUAAACCCUAAUUCCACCAUUGAAAAACCAGAAACUAACAAUACUCAAAUGACAAUUUGGCGUCUCUUUUGUACCAAAUCCAUCUCUAUUUCUUCCAAUUCAAAAACUUCACAUUUCUCCUUAAACCCUAACUCAACUUUCUCUCAAUUCACUUCCCACUUCAGACAAUUUUCCACCUCCUUCCUCGUCACCAAAAUCCCAAAGAAAUUCCGCAAGAAACGAAAGAAAAAGGAAUCCCCACGUACCAAAUUGGUUCAAACUCAACCAAACAUCAAUCCCCAUUUCGAAAACAUUCUUUUUGGUGAUACCCAUUUCAGAUUUCUCACUAAAACCAAAGAAUUCCUCUCCAAACAACCCCAUCAUGUACUUCCCCUUGACGAUGCCGGAAAACUCCACCAGCAGCUGGGGUUCCCACGUGGAAGAAAGGUUGUUCGAUCCCUCCAACGACACCCUUCAAUCUUCGAAAUUUAUCGGCAUAAUGAUGGUAAGAUGUGGAUUGGUUUUACUGAUUUCAUGGAAAAAUUGUUGGAUGAGGAGGGUAAAGUAAUGAAUGAAAUGGAAAGUGAUAGAGUUAGUGUUGUUAGGAAAUUGUUAAUGAUGUCGAAAGAUAAGAGGAUUGCUUUGAGUAAAAUUUAUCAUAAUAGGCUUUUAUUUGGUAUACCUGAAGAUUUUAGGGAUAGGAUAAGGAAGUAUGAGGAUUAUUUUAAGGUGGUUGUUGAGGAAGAUGGGAAAAGGGUAAUUGAGCUUCUGAAAUGGGAUCCUACAUUGGCGGUGAGCGCGUUGGAGAAGGAGUAUAUGGUUGAUGAGGAUAAGGUGAAGAAGGCGUUUAAGUUUCCAAUAAAACAUGGGAAGGCAUUGGAUUUGGAUGAAGGUGAUGAGAGGAAGUUGAAUUUGUUGUAUACAUUGCCAUUGGUUUCGCCUUAUUCUGAUGGGAGUAAGCUGGAUUUGUGGACAGUGGAGGCGGAGAAGUUUAGGGUGGGAUUGAUUCAUGAGUUCUUGAGCUUGACAUUGGAGAAGAGAGCUUAUAUACACAACAUUGUGGAGUUCAAGGAGGAGUUUUGUCUUACGAAGCAUACUUAUCAGAUGCUCUUGAAACAGCCUCGGACGUUUUACUUGGCUGGUACCGAAAUGAAUUGGUCUGUGUUUCUUAAGGAUGCUUAUGGGGAAGAUGGGGUUUUGCUAAAUAAGGAUCCACAGGUGCUGUUCAAUGAGAAACUUUAUAAAUAUGCAGACAUGAAAGUAUUGAAGCCAAGCAGUGAUGUCUAUGAAACAUGAAAGGUUGAAUUAGCUUUUGAUGUCUAGUGUAACUUAUGGUGAUGAUGGAGCAUCAUAGAGCAGAAUUUACACGAAGAAUGCAAAAGAAGAAUUAUGGUGGACCUCAUCCACCUAUAUUAUAUAUCAAAGCAACAUAAAUCUUGAGGUAUCUAGAGUUGUUUCAAACUCUUGUUUAGCAUUUUCCUGCUGCCUAUUGUUUCAGCUGUAAAUUGUAAUCAUGCCUGUACUCUAUCAUCUACAAAAUGUAGAGCACUAUUGCAUUCACAAUGUAAAAUCUUACUUAUC